AUGUCGGCGGAAAAGGAGGCUGCUCUCAACACGGCCGUCCCGACUCCCACCAUCAUCGACGAGCCCACGACAGCAGCAGCCCCAGCCUCAACUCGCCUACCGCCCAAUGAUCGUCUAAGCAUAGCCUUCAACUACCGCCUUCCGCUCACCACACUCCUCGCAUCCUUCGCCGGCUUUGGUCUGGGUCUCACUCAUGGCGGCCAACUAUCUGGUCUCCGCUUUCGCGCCGAAAACGCUCAUCGUUUGCCCACCUCACAAGUAGGCUGGUACCUCUACCACAAGUCAAAGAAUUACAACAUCAUGCUUGGUGGUAUCAAGGAGGGUUUCCGCAUGGGUGCUCGUCUGUCGUUCUGGACCGCCAUCUUUUUCGUCUUUGAGGAGGCCGUUGACAGAUUCAGAGGUGCUAGAGAUUUCAUGAGCUCCGUCAUUGCUGCUAUGGGCACUGCUGGCGGCUUCAGCGCCUGGAACCGUUUCCCUAUCCAGACUGCCGCGAGGACUGCCACUAUUGGUUUGAAGUUUGGUCUUGCCUUUGGUCUCUUGCAGGAUGCUCUCAGCGUCGCUAGGGGUCGCCGCGUCGGCUAUGUCGACUUCGUCCGACGACGCUUUUUGGGUGCCAGAGAAGAAUCGCAACAGAAGGUCUUGGCCUCGCCCAUUUGA